AUGUUCACGCCUAUCGAGACCACCAUCGGCGCAUUGCUGCUGCAUCAAGCAACUAGCAACCUCCUUUAUCAGAAUGGAGAUAUUCUGGGUGCCAGCGGCUAUCUACGCAGAUUCUUCUCAGCGUCCACGAAAGAACUGCUCGCCUUCUUUACUGGCAUGGCCGCCAGCUACGUGCCAUUGAAGGCAUUAGCACCACAUUUGAUCACUGAGUACCCUGUUUUACAGAUCAGUUCUCAAGUUGUCGUUGCAACAGUAGCAACUGGUGCCCUCAUAGGAUGGGGAACUAAGACUGAGUGGUCGCUCAGCCGUCGCCGUCGCUACGUUCUUUCCCACGGCAGUUAUAACCCAUCAUUUCGCUCACCCAAGUUUAUCGACGUCGAGACGACCGUGUCACUUCUUGUGUUGGCAGCGUUGAGCAUAAUCGCUACUCGAACGAUACCCGGAAUUGUGGCUCAAGUCACGGUUUCGCCCACCACCACCACCACUACCAAGGACACCAAAGAAGAGUCUGCUGCGCGUGUCACCACGCAAGCCUUUUCAGGUUUGCUCUUUGCUCUUGGUCUCCAUAUCUCGCAAAUGGCACACCCAGACAAAGUUGCUGCCUUCCUCUCUUUCCCAAACUUGCAACACUGGGAUCCAUCCCUUGCUCUGAUCAUAGUCUUCGGCGUGUUACCCAAUCUGAUCGAGAAUCAGGUGAAAGGUCUUGACGGCUCACCAUGGUUCGCCGACAAGUUCUCGCUGCCUACGAAGACUUUGCAAGAUGUGGAUAAAAGAUUCGUGAUGGGAGCUGUGGCUUUUGUUCAGCCCUGCCAAAAAUGUUCGCCCCGCCACAUCAUCCCACCCGAUCCCCGCGACGCGCUCAACCACGAACCACACACAAUGGAGGACGAUAGAGCUGCAACCAACCUGGGUCCCGAUGCGGAUCAGGGUAUGCCAGAAGAGGUCGUGCCUGUCCAGAAACAGCCGAAAAGGCGCUUCAUAGGGAGAAAGGCGGGAGAGAAGGCGGGCGAGGCGCAAGCAGACCCCAAUGCCAAUAUUGAAGAUUCGAGCGCGAUACAAGUUGUCCAGCCUCGGCGUACAGCUCGUGUCCUGAAUGCGAUCCCCGACGACAUUCUGCACGACCAAGAAAUCAACGACGCCAUCGCGCUCCUACCGCCCAACUACAACUUCGAGAUCCACAAAUGUAUACACCGCAUACGGACAUCAGGAGCCAAGUCGAUAGCUUUGCAGUUUCCCGAAGGACUGCUGCUAUUCGCAACCACCAUAUCCGACAUUCUGAUGCGAUUCUGCCCUGGUACUUCGACGUUGAUAAUGGGUGAUGUCACAUACGGGGCGUGCUGCAUAGACGACUACACAGCGCGAGCGCUCGGCUGCGACCUUUUGAUACAUUACGCGCACAGUUGUCUGAUACCGGUAGCAGUGACCAAGAUCGCGACCUUGUACAUCUUCGUCUCCAUCAGUAUCGACACACAGCACUUGAUAAAUACCAUUACAGAAAACUUCGCUGCCGGAAAGACUAUUGCUUUGGUUGGUACUAUUCAGUUCAACGCUACAAUACACGGCAUCGUGCCGAUACUGCGCAAGGAAGGCUAUAACCCAUUUGUCCCUCAGAUUGCACCUCUGUCCAAGGGUGAAAUUCUCGGCUGCACGUCACCGUCAAUGGCCAUCAAGCCAGGUCAGCUCAAUGCGAGAGGCAAAGAGGAGGACGUGCCCGACAUGAUACUAUAUCUUGGCGAUGGACGUUUCCAUCUUGAGAGCGCCAUGAUCGCCAAUCCACAUAUACCUGCAUACCGCUACGAUCCAUACUCGAGGCGACUCACACACGAGACUUAUGAACACGACUCUCUCUACGACUUGAGGCGCACUGCUAUCCUCACAGCCCGGAAAGCACGCACCUGGGGUGUUAUUCUUGGCUCGCUAGGCCGACAGGGAAACCCACACACUCUGACGCUCAUUGAGAACGAGUUGGCGCGACAAGGUAUCAAGUGUGUCAAUUUGCUCAUGUCGGAGAUCUUCCCUGGAAAGCUGGCAAUGAUGUCAGAUGUAGAGGCUUGGGUACAAAUUGCAUGUCCCAGGUUGAGCAUCGAUUGGGGCUACGCCUUCCCAAGGCCGUUGUUGAGCCCUUACGAGGCACUCGUUACGCUCGGCGUGAGAGACGCGCCAUGGCUAGAGGAAGACGAUACAGUGAGGAGAGCUGAAGCGGAGGGGAGGAAGAAUCUCUAUCCCAUGGACUUUUACGCCAAAGAGGGUCUAGGGCGGACUACUAUAGACCAUGUGAAGGCCACGGAGGUACCAGUUGGAGCAUGA